AAUAAUUUUCUUCCAAUCGAAACUUACAUUUCCGAAUACGUUUGCAAUCUGUAAGCAAUACAUAGUUGGCAGUACUUAGAAGAAAGAACAACAUCGAGGGCAAAGGAAAAUACAAGUCGGGUGACAACUGGCGAUGACCAGCCCAGGACCAGCCGUAACCAGCCCAAGUGGACGGAACAAACAUGGCGGUUGAUGAUGUUUUAGUGGUUGUGUGUUCUGUUUACUAAUUGUGCUCAGAAUUGGCAUUAAAUUAAUACAAUUUGAAAUAAUUUCAAUAAUUAUAAUCAAAUUGAAACACGAAUUAUUGCUUACGAUAAGAAAAUUACUUUCCAAAAAUGGCUGACGAUUUGAAUGGAAACCUUCAUAAUUAUAAGUUGCAAUUGCAGCAGGUUGAAGCUGCAUUGACUACAGAUCCAGACAAUGAAGAGCUUAUGAAACUCAAAACAGAUUUAGAAGAAGUUAUCGAAUUAACUCGCGAUCUUAUCAAGACUCAACUACUGGAAUUGAAGUCGACAGGUAGAGCUCCUGGUACAAGUGACAGUGAUGAAAUAUCAACUAAAUUGCUCCCAGUUGAACAGCCAACAGUUGAUGAAAGUGUGAAGAAAGAUUGGAAGGUUGGCGAGAAAUGUUUGGCCAUUUGGAGUGGAGAUGGGCAAUAUUAUGAAGCAACAAUAGAAGACAUAACAGAGGAUGGAGAGGAGGUGUCUGUUGUUUUUGACAAUUACAACAAUUCAGACGUCACCACUUUGUCCUUAUUGAAGGAAUUGAAGGCCGGGGUGAAGAGGCCUGUGGAGGAUGGCCCUGACAGCAAAACAAAAAAGCAAGCCUUGUCAAAGCAAAGAGAAUACCAAAAGAAAAAGAAACAGAAGAAAUUGCAACGCUACAAACAAAUGGAAGAAGAACGUGAAGGUGAAAAGAAUAAGUGGCUGGCAUUUCACUCGAAGGCAUUCAAGAAAGGAAUGACCAAGAAAAGUAUAUUUGCAUCCCCAGAUAAUGUUAAUGGACGUGUGGGCAUUGGUACAUGUGGAAUGAGUGGAAAACCAAUGACAGAAUUCACAACCGCAGAGAAAUGGCGUAGAGGAAUGUGAAAUUAUUGUCUGAAUAUGACAGUUGUAUUUAUCUUGUACAGUGAUUUCACUUUCAAAUUGAAAUGUGUAAUUCAGAAAAAGUCUAGAACAUUAUGUUGUGGCUUUUGCCAUAUUCAACAAUGUGUGUGAAUUGAUAUAAUGAUCAUGAAAACAAACUAGCAAUGUACAUUUAAAAUGGACAAAUCCUGGACACUAAUGUUAAGUAUGUUGUGGUUUGUAAAUUCAGUGAGCACAUACAGGCUGUAUAAACCUGGUCCAUAUACAUUUGUGUAACAAACUUAUUUGUUUAUUAAGAGUACAAAACAACUGACAAAAUUAAAAUUAUUAUUCAGAAAAUUCUACACAGUGCAAGGAAGAGUUGUUAAUAAAUGGUAUACUGUAUUAAGAAUAUUUUAGAGAAAACUAUAUGCAUAAGCGGCUGAUCAGAAUUCAAUGCAACCUUGGAAUUGUGACAUAUUAUCUUGUUGGUAAUGCACAUACUUUUGUUUCAUAAUGAACAAAGGGGUUUUUUCUCUACAUGUUCUAUUAAGAACAUUACUAUGUUUGAACCAAAUGUUUUAUUUUGACUUGCGUUUCUGAAAUUUACAGUUGGUCAGAUUGUUUGCUGUUUUUAGGUACAAGCUGUGUGAUUGGUUUUUUCACUGUAUUUGUCAGUUUGAUGUUUAUGAGUACGUGUAUGAGUUACUACAAUUAGAAAAAGAAAAGAUUUUUGAUGUACACAAAUAGAUGGAACAUUACACUUACAUAUUAUAAUUCCUAUUCAGAAAAGAACAUGAACUUACAUCAUAUGAUGCAACUUAAAAACAUUUGUGGACCAUUUCUAUGAUGCAUUAACAUUUAAUUUAUGCAAGUCUGUGUGACCUUUCGAACUAUGAAAGUUCUUUUGGUCAAGACACUAUGGUUGCAGCGUGCUCCUGAAUUGCGCAAGUUUAUAAUUUUAUCUUUUGGAAGUAUUAAGAAUUUAUUUGGAGAGCUUGCUGUGUGGUAAAAUAUCAAUACAGAAAAUAGCUGUUGAGUUAUAUUUCUUACUUCGUUAUUUGUUCUAAAGCUCAUUCAAUGUUCAGAUUGAUUUGAUCAUGACAAAAAUUGUUUUGUCAAUAGAUCAGCCCUACUAGUUCAUUUUUCUCAGUGAUAUUCAAGUAAAGUGAUAGUGAGUGCGGGUGUGAAAGGAUAUCCAGCAUAGACUGGAUCCUAUUAAAUAACAGCAUUUCUUGAAAGACUUUGAUUGUAUAAAAUUUUAAUAUAUGUAUAUUAUUUAAUGCAUCUGUACAGUUUGUAUUGAAUAUUGAGGUCAUAAACACAAAUUACUACAGAAUAUAUGAACCUUAUUUUACAAAUUAAGCUUACAAUUGGUAUCACUUAUCAUAAGUAAUACCACAAGUGCUUUGAAAAUUGUUGAUAAGUCCCCGACUUUCGAUGCAAGGAGGGGAAUUUAUCUAGGAACUUCCAAAGCCUGAGUGGUAUUUAAUAUUCCAUGAAUGAAAUCGCUUCCAACAGGUUUCUGUAAUGUGCCAAAUAUUGAAAAUAAUUGAAAGGGGUGGAUUGCUCUGGGUUGAUGGAAUCUGCAUUCUUUCUAUCUACUGUUAGAUAAUAGACAAAUUGAAUUGAUUAAUCAUCAUCCUUCGAAGUGGCAGAGACAUUUAUUUCAAUUGAAAUCUCACUUUGCACAGAAUUGCCACUAAUUCUACACAAGCUCCCCUUGUGUCCGGAAAAACGAUAGUCUUUGAAUGAUGAACAGGAUCGUACAAGGUCAUGAUCGGAGUUGCCUCGCUUUUGAGAAAUGCAUGCCUACUGAGGUUUGCUGCUUGGGUGUUGUGCGCCGGCCAGUGCUUCGGUGAGGAUUGGAGGGAGCGCCCGCCAGG